AUGAAAAAAGCCGCUUCGACCUCAAUUGUAGUGAGUCUGCCUCAGAAAGCAACAAAAAGAAGCAUCUUGGAUCUCAGUAAUUGGAUAAGCAGCUCGGAUGAUGACUCUUUUACUCAAAAUAUUCUACAAGACAAGGACCCCAAGACUGGGUCCAGUAUCAACAGGAAGGCAGAUCAAAACGAGAUUGUUAGCGAAUCCAUUUUACAAAAGUCUCCUUCCCGCUCUCUCUUCCGCCUGGUGCUACAUUCUUCGCCUGUGCUGGAGCGCCUGCUUGGUGCAAUAGUUACGACACAACCUUCUGCUGCCUCGAAGCUACGAGCCACGAAGCCAUCUUCGAAAAACACACAUCUGCCUUUUGUUGCGUCUGACCCAAUUGAAAGCUCUUCGCCGGCUCAAUCACCAAAAAAAAAAGUUGCUUCCAAGAAGAGCACCUCCGGUGAGUGGACCACUAAAGAAUGGCGAGAUGCCAACCGAACAAAUCGGAAGAAAGAAGAAAUUAUGGCGGAAAUGGUCUUGGAAGUGGCUUUAUGUAUAAAUUGCAAGGUUCGGACCCCCUAUUUUGACACCAAGUUUGAGGGCUUCGUUGUUCGCAAUACCUACGUGGAAGUACCACUACUCUCGUGGAAGCGGCGUGUUAAUGCGUUAUACAACAAACAGAAAGAUGUUUUCGAGCCUUGUGAUUUAACCGAAAUUCUGGAGUCUGUCUAUGCCUUGUUCUACGAUGGAGCAGAUUUAGUCUGGAAAAUCAAAGAUGGCACGGUGAACGAAGAUAUAAAUAAAGUCAAAAAGCGAGCUGCACAUGAGAAUCCUGAAACUCCAUGUCAUGUUUUCAUCGUAUGCCCGGGUUUUGGCACUUAUCUCAAAAAGCUACAAACCAAUGAGGAUAAGGAGUAUCGACAAACGCUACUAGAGCAACUCGAUGGUUCCGUCGCUAAAAAGAGACGUAAAGCUCUAAGCGAUAGCGAAGAGAAUAUAACCGCUACGGAAGCUCAAAGAUUGAAAGUCCAAACAGAGGUCAAUCUCGGAAUUAACAUCUUCACCUGCAGAGAUUUAGACGAGACUAUAGAUUGGCUUUAUUCUUUCUCAUACACCAUUGGAUCAUCUUUAUACAGUAAGUAUGAGAGGAAUCCAGACUACGCUAAUUUUGGAAAUGUCCGACUGGGCACAGACAAAAAGAGUACGUUCUUGAAGAUGAUACAACACUUCAACCUAGUCACUGCAACAAAAGCAGACAAAAUCUAUCAGUUUUACACUUCCCCUCUUAGUAUGUAUCAAAGAUUCAUAGAGCAUGACAAUCUAGGGACUUUUGAUGGAAAGCCCGUGGUGCCUCAAACAACGAACAACGCAAUGAGGCGCGCUCUCAUGUCUAAUGAUCCAUCGCAGGUUAUCACUGACUAG